CUUGGUGGUUAUAGACACAAUAAAAGUUUCCAAAGUAGCUUUUGUUUCUUGUCGGUCAUACUUAAAAUCUCCAUCUCUUCCCUCCAUUCACGCCGCUCUUACUCCCCAGAGUUCAUGCACUUCGGGCAUUUUUCACUGCCAAUUGCUUGACAAGAUCAAACGAAACAAAACCCAGAAUUCUCUGUGUUUGUGCUCGCUAGUUUUCGUCAUAAAAAAUGACUGAGUUUUCUUUGGCUGUUUCCAAGAAGAAAACACAGUUUUCAAGCCUUUUGCUUUCUAACUUCAUGCUCUUUUGCUCCUACAUUCUUUCUAAUCCUCUUUAUUUCUCUUACUUCAUCUUCUUCUCUCCUUAUCUCUUCAAGAUUUUCUCUUUCCUUUCGCCGCUCUUUGCCACCACUUCCCUUUUGGUUCUUGCAUUAUUUACGGUAUUAAGGUCCCAAGUAGUCGACGAUGAAAGUGAUGGCUUACCAUGCUUGGAAGAGCUUGAAGCUUAUAAGAUCGUGUUUGAAGCUUCAACCAUUGAAGAAAUUAGAGAAAACCCAGAUGAAGUUUUGGAGACGGAAGCCAUUGUUGAUUGCUUGCUAGCUGUUGAUGAACUUGACGACGACGCUUCGGUUCAUAACCCGGAAACAUUGACGAGUGGCACUUCCGAUGAAGAAUCAGCGGAGAUUUCACGUCCGGAAACUGUUCAGGUAAAUGCUGUAGUGAAGAUCUUUGAAGAGUUUUUGAAAGAAAAAGAUGGGGAAUCCGAGGCAAUGGAGAGUAAAGUAAGUGAUCCAGAGGCUACAGUGGGAACUAAAAAUGGCGUUGAGCUUGAAGACAAAGCAAUGAUGAAUUCCCAAAGCAUUAACAACGAAACAUCGCGAUUGAGUUAUUUGGGGUCAAUGAGGAAAGAAAAGGAGUGGAAGAGGACAUUGUCAUGCAAGCUUUUCGAGGAGAGACACAAGGUGACGGCGGCGGAUGGAGGUGGUGAAGGGAUGGAUUUAUUAUGGGAAGCAUAUGAAAGCAGUGAUUCCAAUAAGUCGAAGCUGAAAAGUGUUGGAUGGAAGAAAGGUGGCAAUGGCAUCGAAGAAGAUGAGGACGAGGACGAGGAUGAGUCGGAUGGUCAUUUGUGCUGUUUGCAGGCCCUCAAGUUCUCGACAGGGAAGAUGAAUUUGGGGAUGGGAAUAGGGAGGCCCAACUUCGUUAAGAUCUCCAAAGCCCUGAAAGGGUUUGGGUGGUUGCACCAUGUUGGUUCCACCAAGCAUACCAAGAAAGCCUACUACUGAAUCUUUAGAUUUCUUUUAUGUAUUUUAUGCUUGAUGAGAUGUAUUUUCUUAAAAUCACUAGUAAAUACAAGUUACCAGCUGAGGUAGCAGCAGCUAAAAGAUCCUGUUGAAGAAGACGAGCAUUCUCCACGAUUGGAAAUGCGGGUUAAAGGUCAUUACCCUUGCAAUCAUUGAUUAAUU